AUCUGAUCCCUGUUCUGAUGGACCGUCAGAUCUAGCAGAACAGCAAUAAUCCUGGGAGUUAUUAAUCCCUGCGGUUUAGUUUGGAUUUUUCGGACCCCAUGGAGUCCCGCCCAGCCUGACCCGGACCCAUCAUGCCGAACCGUCAGAAGCAGGUCCUGUUCUGCUCCGCUGGCGUCCUGAGCCUCUGCUGCGCCCUGUCGACUGCCGUCAUCACCGGCCUGCCCUUUUGGCUCCGCGGGUCCGUGCUCUGCAGAACCGGGGCCGAACUGGUCAACGCCACCGGAGCCGAACUGGACCAGUUCGUGGGAGAUCUCAGCUACGGACUUUUUCACGGAGAGAGGGUGAAGCAGUGCGGCCUGGGCGGCAGACCGUCCCGCUUCUCAUGUUUGACCAGCUGCCUGGUUCUGAUCCUCUUCGCCUCUGAGGUGAAAAUCCACCGGCUGUCCGAGCUCAUCGCCAACUUCAAGGAGGAGAAUUUUGUUUUUCAGACGUACUCGGAGAGCUACGACAGCUGCUUUUGGGUUUUCUUCAUCAUCCUCGUCCUUCAUGGACUCAACCUGGUUCUGAUUCGACUUACAGGGAUCCAGUUCCCAUUCCAGGGGAAGAAAGAUGUAGAGCUGAGCGUCGGUGCAGCCGACCUCAUGUACUGAUGGACUCGAAGACUAACAGAACCCCAGCUAGCUGUUGUCUGGUGGUUCUGAU